AUGAAGCUGUCCUGCUUCCUCCUAAGAAAUAUCAGUAAGAAGGCGCGAGGGACAGAGUCUUGCAGCCAUCUGGACAAGUUGUUGACAAGAUACUGGACCUGUAGACAUGGACACAGCUGUAGACUUCUCGCCUUCUGGGGGAUCGUCCUGGCGGUCUCCUCCUUCACCGCAGCUCAGAGCUGUGUGGGGCGAUGUGGAGCCGGGGUGGACUCGUCCCAGCCAUGCCAGUGUAACACCGCUUGCCUGAGCUACAGUGACUGUUGCCUUGACUACAUGGCUACAUGUGUUACUGGGCAGACGUGUAGUGUGUUCAAUGACAUGACCGAGUACCUGUGGACCAACGACAAUCAUCGUUUGACGACAUCUCAGUUCACUGCCAACUGGCAGACGCAGGUAGCCAGCAGCAGCACGACUGACCAAUCGACAAGCAAGUUUUUCACGUACGUGGACGAGACCACGCUGAAUUCUCGCGCCAUCUACACGGCCUUCGUGGCCAUCUUGGACAACUUCUACGCUCUGACAGGGACGAGUGACUCCAUCACAACUGCUGAACAGGCGGAAAUGGACAAACUGUACAGCCUCCUGACACCCACUGCCCUCUUCAACAAACUCUACUCCUAUCUCAAAUGUCGAGGUAAAAUAAGCAGCGUCACUGACUUCAAGACUAAGUUCUACUUACUCUGGUUUAACCUGUAUCCGAGGUCCAGUUCCAAGCCGAACGUUCUGGACAGCUGUGGCUUCGAGCACGUGAUUGUUCUCUUGUCACACCUUGACAAUGCUGUGCAGGUUCUUCACUUACGUGGACGAGGCUUUGUUAAACUCUCGCCCCAUAUACACCGCCUUUCUGGCUCUCUUAAACAACUUCAACCCGCUCAAGGGAAGACUGACUCCAUCACGGAUGCUGAGCAGCAGGAGAUAGACACACUGUACAGUCUCUUGACAUCCACUGUCAUCUUCAAGGAACUCUACUCGUAUCUCAAGUGUCGAGGUCACGUAAGCAGCGUUGAGGAUUUCGAGAAUAAAUUCUACUCACUCUGGUUUAACUUGUAUCCGAGAUCCAAGUCUAAGCCGAACAUUCUGGACAGCUGCGGAUUUGAACACGUGAUGGUAGGUGAGCUCAGUUCAUCCUCAUCCAUUUCUGGUUUGCACAACUGGAUCCAGUUUUACAGGGAGGAAGCAGCUGGGCGGCUAAACUACUACGGAUAUGUUAGAAGAGUCCAGGUAGGUUUUACCUGGAAUCCUGCCUCGACGAGGUCUAAAGCUGUGAAGAACUUGGGUUCUUUCUUCAUCGCCACCAGCCCGCAGUUCGACCUGGCGCUGUACACCCUGUGUGCAUUUGAGUUCACCGAUGCCAUCUGCAAGGUGAGGCUAGGGGGACAGACCUACGCCAUUCAGACGUGGGACAUCGCGCAUGUGUCGGGCCUGCAGAUUGGAUCAGCUUAUCCUUCAAUCUGAUUGGAUCAACGUAUCUCUGAAUCACGUUAACUUUCAAUUCGAUUGUUAGAGACUUGUCUUGAAAACAGUAGGGAUUGGUUAAACAGAUUUAUUCAUUUUUAAUGAGGAUGUUUUUAGUAUCACAACAACUUAUAUAUGUAGUUAUUUUAAUGUAAUAAUAAUAAUAAUAAUAAUAAUAAUAAUAAUAAUAAUAAUAAUAAUAAUAAUAAUAAUAAUAAUAAUAAUAAUAAUAAUAUUUAUGUGCUUAUUGGCAUCACUCACUGUGAAGCGCAAGAAAAUCACUUGCAAGGGGAAUAUUUGCUUCAAGCAUGACGACACGGGAGUAACAUCGCAGCAUAUGUUUAAUAAAAAUCUACUGUUGCAUUCGUCCAUAAAGGAGUUUUCAUCAU